CUAGUAGUACUUCAAUGCCAGAGCCUAUUUUUUGGGGGGGCCUGGUUGAGUCGAGUGGUACUAUUGUAUUAUCGUCACCACUCACCAAAAUGUACCUGUGAGAGUGCCUUGCUGAUUUUGCUACCCGAAAAUAAACCUAUGUGCGGGAAGGGUGAGCUAUAAGCAUAUCGGUCUAUCACGCAUUUUGAAAUAUCCAAUUCGAUAUUGGUUUGAUCCCGGGGUUUGAUCGACCCGAUGCCGACAGACACAGCGACUGCCAUGAACAUUUCAUAGCACCAGAAAGAUUUGAUAAAAGUUGACAAACGAUGGCGCAUCGUCCAGACGAACGACUUCAGAGAAUAAGAUGGCGGUUAGGAACACUAAGCUUAACUCCCGUGGACCUUCUGCCUCCUAUUUUAGUCCUUAAAGACUUCAUAGUAGAACUACAGCAAGACAUUCGGGAAGAGGCAAUGGAUCUGUUUGCGCAAGGCAACUACAACACAGCUGUCAUGUAUCUCAAUCGUGGCAUCGACAUCAGCGGGCUUCUUCGACGAGACGGUUCCUCUUGCUACACGACAACCGAUGCCCAACUGCUCAUCCUUCGCUCACAGUGUGCCAACAAACUGGGAUAUUCUCAAGCAGCAAUACAGGAUGCCGAAAACGCUUUGUAUAUCAACGGAUACUCCAUCCCUGCCAGGGUCGAGUUAGUCAAAGCCAAGUACGCAUUUGCCUGUGCAGAAGGGGGUCAAUGUCUGGUGGAAUUCCAAGAAUUCUUGCUCUAUCAAGUCCCACAAAAGGUUAAAGAAAAUCCAGAAAUGGGGAAUAUCAUAAGACAGUUUGAAGACGCCUUGGACCCCAUGGCGUCGAUGCCCCCGACCAGUAGGGAAACCACUGCCAACCAAGCGGCCCUCUGUCUCGAAACACCUGCGCCGAAUUGGACUCCAUUUCACAAAGAAAACAUUGCUCAGAACAACUCGGAAAACAGUGACAUGUCAUGCAGACGAAAAGAAAGAGGACAAGUGGGAUGUACAACCGUUGGCACACAUCCACACUCUGAAAAGAACACAACAAAUGAGUUGUCACAAGUCACCCCACCACCGCUAUCACCACCAGCAACAUCAACACCACAGCAACCUUUACCUCCACCCCCACCACUACCAUCACCGCCACCACCACCAUCUUUGCCCCAAACAGCUCUUUCUUCACCACCUUUAUCAUCACCGACCCAAUCAUUACCGUCUCCUCGUUGCUCUGAGCUGGAAAAUAGCGCCACACCACGGAGCAAGACACAGACUCCGACAGCGGCCGACGAGGAGACCAACAAGGAUUCACUAGUUUCACCACCAGAGAUUGCUACAUCUGAACCGGCGGAGAUUUCCAAGACAGCAAAUGACUUGGGCUGUAGCCAGGAAGGAGAAUUCCAAAUCGUUCAAUCAAGUGUCAAGAAAAAGAAACUUUCCAAUGCAAAAUCAGCGAGUACCGUCGCCGCCUCUAUUCCCAUCUUCAACCCUCUCCCGCUGUACGUGUGUGGAGAGUGCUUCGCAACCAAAAAAUCCAAGUUGGUUUUGAAAAGGAAAGGCAGCGAUCCCGCAGUUUGCGCUGGCCCAGGUUCCCACAACUGGCAGCAGGGCAAAGUAGCUGUGAUGUACUCGAAAGAGAAGAAGGCCUGGUUUGAGGUGAAGCCAAGAGAUCCUAGGCUAGGAUCCAAAAUCCAACCCAAGGUGUGUCUAUCGGGGGUUACAUGCCCGCGUACUAACUGCAUGUUUCCACAUAUCAAAGAAGAAAUGCAACUCUGGCAGUACAUGUGGACACACCAAUUGCAAACGUUGGAUGAAGUCUUGUCAGCAAGAAAAGGAACACCACAAGAGACAAAGAACAAGCCAACGACGACAUCUUCACUAGCUGCACAGCCGUCAGUUUCCCAUCAUUCCAUCCCACCUAACAGACAAAAAGAAACUGUCCCCAUCGCCGCUAGAGAACCUGCUAUCCCAAGUUUUAAGCAUGCCAUUAAGUAUAUCUGCGGUCAAUGUUUUACACUCUACGGUGAUGAGCAAGUGGGGCGAGCUGGCAGUAAUUCACCCAAAUGUGCUGGUGCACUUCCCCACUUGUGGGAACCAAGCAAGGUGGUAGUAAUGUACUCAAAGGCAAAGAAAGCUUGGUGUAAAGUCAUGCCAAGACAUCCCAAAUUAAGGGCAUCGGUCCAACCUGUAUUGUGUCAGCACAGUGGAGCUUGUCCACGACCCAACUGCAUGUUUCCACACAUCAAGGAAGAAAUUGAUUUGUGGGUGUUUAUGGCUAAGUACAAAUUGACGACCCUCGAUGACGUCAUGCCAUUUCUGAAGCAAGCAACUGAGGCUGCAAAAUCUUCUCCUCAGUUAUACUCGUCCGCAAAAACUCGACCAGUCCAGCGACAAACAAGUGCCUCUACUGCUGAUAUCGUGCCAGCAAGACUCCAUCAGCCUGCAGCGGCAAGCAGGGAAAAGCCUGAAAGAAAUUCCUCCGCUGUCUCCAAGUCAUCAGCCUGUAAGAAACCCCUGCAAACUGAGUAUAAUGCCACGCCAGACAGACAUGGAAAGCAAGAAAAUACUCAGAAAAGCGCUACACCAUCUACAUCAUCAUCUCUCGUGCCGCCAACCUCUCAAGAAUCAAAGACCCCUAAUGCUGCAGCUGUACGCACAGAUUGUUUAUGUGUCAUCCAGCCAACCACUCCCACUUUCCCCCACCCCAUCAAGUACGUCUGUGGUAUUUGCUUCCAACAGCACGGUGGGUCUAAAGUGGUUGGACAGCGGGCAGGCAAUGGUAAAUCGCAGGUAUGCGCGGGUUCAGGCUCUCAUGCCUGGAAGCAGUGCAAGAUGGUAGUGAUGUAUUCCAACACCAAGAAGAGAUGGUGUAAGGUUAAACCGAGACAUCACAAAUUGAGACCCAAGGCCCAUCCUCAGUUGUGCGUUCGAGGCGAGUCCUGCCCCCGGUCGGAUUGCAUGUUUCCACACAUCCAUGAAGAAAUAGAACUCUGGGUCUACAUGGCAGAUCACAGCCUGAAAACUUUAGAUGAAGUCGUUUCUGUUGGGCAGAAAUCGGUAGAAGGUUCCAAGACAAAAGCUGUUGUUUCUGAGCCAUCAACUCUCAACAAAUCCGCUUCAUCAGAGGAACAUCGUCAUACCUGCUCCUACUGCGAUAAAUCGUACCCGGAGCAAUGGCAGCUUCAACAGCACAUCCAAAGCAAGGAUCACUGGGCAAAGGUCAACUCAGACGAAGACAAGAAAGACCAGUGGAAGCAUCGCAGCCCACCCUGGAAUGUCGUCAACGGACAGUACCAAGAAUGUUUGGAGAAUAAAAAGGAAAGGUGCGUGUUCACUGACUGCACCAAAGCGCAUAGUGUCGAAGAGUUGGAGGAAUGGAAAGAAAGACAUCGGUAUCGAAUGAUGAAAGUGAAGAAAGCCAAGGAGCGCAAGUUGUACGCGUUCAUGGACGGAGUUCUCGAAAAGUAUAACUUCUCGACACGGGGCGGUGAUGUUAUUGCAGAAGAAUUACCGGGAGUCCAUGUCAGUUGCUCCGAUGAGCUGACCCAGUUUCUUGUCACGGAAGGAAAGAACAGUGACUCGGCCAGUUACACCUGGACAUUCACCUUUAAGGCUCCGGACACGAAAUCUCUGCGGCGUGUGUGUCUGGUUUACGAUGACAACAGACUCUAUUUCAGGUUGUCACAGCCUGCUCGUGAAAGCGAGGCUCAGGUGUGUCCUGGCAACCUGAUUGUAGAGGAGGACAAUAGGACAUAUCGGAUUGACGUCAUCUUUCGCUCUCAGAUCCUCGGUUGCUUCUCCCAGUGGGUCCUCUUUGACCUGGGUACUGAACCGUAUCUUGUCCAGAAACUUCAGGUUCAAGUUGGUUCAGCAGCUCAGCAUGAAGCAAUCAACGAGCCUCAGAGAGAGCUAGCGAGACCGAUGGUCGUGUGGAACAACAGCGACUCCGACAUAGUCCGAUUUGACGACGAGGACUACCAGCUUUCAUCCACUGAAGAGGAGCUGCUCUCGAGCUAUCGUGUACCAGCCAAGCUCGGCAUUGACAAUCUGGAAGAGAUGAGUCGUGACAACUAUAAAGAGUACAUGCACAGAAUGCUGUACUUGGAAGAACAAGAGUGCAAUAGAAAGAUAUCCAAGUUCAGCAGCUGCAGCACGAUGAAGUGUCUAAACACGAUUUAUGUUGAGACGUCGACUGGAACAGUCGUGAAGUAUUCCACGGGUGAUAGUAAGUAUGGAAUGGUGGAUAUGAAGACAACCCUCAUGGAUGACUCUGAGACCAGUCAAAUCAUCGAGAGAAGUGUGCGUAAGAUGAUGCUGAAAUUCGCCAACUCAGAAAGAAUUUACGAGGCAAGCAUACUUCUGGAUCAAGAUGAGACUGGGAAACCCCGGGAAACUCUCUACGUAAAACUCAGUCCAACGUGUGUCGGUGAACAGAAGCUCAAAAAUGGCACCGAGUACCAAGUCGAGAUACAACUCCAGCUGAGCAGGCUUCAGUUCUGUUACAUGCACUCUGCCGUCGAUCGACUGACAAAUAUGGACAUGGUUUUCCCGCCAAAAGAAAAACCACAACAACUGCCCUCGCUCCAGGUCAGAGUGAAGGAUCAGAAUCUCCAUCAGAAUCGGGCAGUGGGAUUCAUUUCAGAUCACGGAGGGCGCAAUGCACGCCAAAUGACCGGUGUAGGGCCGGUGCUCGUGUUGGGACCAUUUGGUACGGGAAAAACACACACCUUAGCCACAGCCGUCCAGCGUACGUUGCAGCUUCGACCUGAUAGCAAAAUCUUGAUCUGCACCCAAACAAACAGUGCUGCAGAUUUAUACAUCACUGAGCAUUUUCACAGACUCGUGCAGAACGGCAGCAUCAGUAAGAUGGUUCGUGUCUGCGCCAAGUUUCGUAACAUCAAAUCCAUCCCUGAGAUUGUGCGAUAUUACAUACCCAUCAAGGGUUUUGACAUUCAGUUCCCAUCAACGAAGGAGAUUAAAGCAUGCAGCAUUGUCGUCACUACCCUGGCAACAUCUCACAGACUUAAAUCAUCCAAACUUCAUGGCCACUUCACUCACAUCUUAAUCGAUGAGGCAGGGCAAGCCCUGGAGGCAGAAGCGUUGCAACCUUUGACCUUAGCCACAGGAAGUACAUGCGUAGUUCUUGCCGGUGAUCAUCUACAGAUGAGUCCGAAGGUAUUUUCCCGAACCGCCCGUCAGGGUAAAUUCCAUAUAUCCCUUCUCGAGCGUCUAUUCUACCUGAAGGCGGCCAGAGUUUUGCUGUCCUCAAACUAUCGGACCUGUCAGAAGAUGCUAGACUUCAUCUCCGGGUCAUUUUACUUUGGAACCCGCUCAAGCCAGAGCUUAGAAGCAGUUGGGAAACACGAGCCACACCCGAGAUUCCAGCAUCCUUUGAUGUUCUGCACGGUGAAAGGUGUGGAUCAGAAGAUCGGCAUGUCGUACGUCAACCACUACGAGGUGGGACAGAUCUUGGGUAUAGUGAAGGACUUACAUGCUGACUGGCCUGAGGAAAAGUGGGGGAAGUUUGACAAGAAUAGCAUUGGUGUUAUAACACCGUACUUAAUGCAGGUACGUCAAAUUCGUAAUGAGCUUCGAAAGGUUAGACUGGCAAACAUCACUGUCGACAGGAUCCACGGUGUGCAAGGACAGCAAUAUCGUGUGCUGAUUAUCAGUCCAGUGAGAACUCACAGCACAUUGAACAAAGUCGACUUGACUGCAAUUGCGUCGACAAUUAGUCCAGCGAAUCGCGCCGACGAAACCUUCGACUACGGCUUUCUGUCUGAUCCCCGACUCCUCAACGCUGCAUGUACGCGAGCACAAUCUCUGCUGGUAGUUGUAGGUGAUCCAUCGACCUUGUGCUCAGUAGGUGAUUGCUCUAAGAUAUGGCGAAGGUACUUGAAAGAGUGUGAAGAAAAUGGCACUCUGUUCCCAUUGGGAACCACAGUUGCAGAAAUUCAGCACGAAAUGGAAGCAUCGAAGCAGCGUUUGAACCCUUGUGCCGCCGUCUUCAAACCUGCAGAAUCAUGGACCAGCACAACUCCUCCAACCGUGAAUGAAGCUGAUGACGAACCACCACUUGUACCAGAAGCUCCAGCUUCAUCCGAGAUUGAUUCUUGGCUACCAGAGGACGACGACACAGUCCCAGAUGGUAUCAUCCGGGAGCUACAAAGGCAGAUCAAUGAAGAUCAGAGCAUGUUGGAGGACACUGGUGCAAUUCCAGAGGUGGUUGAUGAUCAUGAUGCCUACAGCCAAAGAAAGGGUCAUGCUAAAUCAAGAAGGAAAUCUCAUAAGUACAGGAUGGUAGAAAAAAACGAUCGCAUCAUUCUGGAAUUCAGUUAUGAAGACGAGUCGAAACGAGUGCGUGGUAAAAAUAAAGUGGAUGAGUUCGACUUCGACAUGGGCUUGAAGAAUGACGAGCAUGAUGAGAGGGCACGGAAGCAGGCGUAUGAACGAGUGAAGGAACAACCAGACAAGUAUAAGAUCUGCUCCUUUCAUUGCGAGGAAUCGGGGCGCACGUAUGCAGUUCCCCUGGAUGAGGGUCUUGCUGGGAGGAUUUCAAUCACAAGUAAGAGGAGACGUGGAAGAGCUCUGAACCUAGACGAGGUUAUAGUGGAAAUAUUCGACGACAUCGAUGAAUCGGAGGUUGCAGAGAAUGAGAAGAAAAAAUGCUACGGGAAAGUCAUCUGCAUAUGCAAGAGGGCUGCUAGAUCUGCACUGAUGACUGAGAUUGUUUGUAGGCUUGAUGAGCACAUGAAUAAUUUGAUGGUUCCAAUUGAUCGCACGCUCCCCAAGUUGUAUGUAUGGUCUCACAACCAAGAGAAGAGUGGAAUGAAAAGUCACAAGUAUGCGUCACCUGACUUCAGUUCCGUGUCUAUUUACCAGUUCAAGGGUUCAGAUGAUUACAUGCCAUUUGUUCAAAAUGUACAGGUGUCAAGGAAGGAUCGGAAAGACAAGCUUUUUAUUGUCCGAUACCAGAAAUGGCUUGCUGCUCUUCCUUACCCGCUUGGCGCUGUGACAGAAGAGCUUCCGAUUGGAGAUGACAGAGAGAAAGGGCUUCGUAUCCUAAAGCUUAUGCAUGGUGUAAGGGAUAAUUGGAGGCCUAGUGUCAUUGAGAAGGUCAACAAGCAGUUUCCAUCUGAUUGGACCAUUCCUGAACAAGAAAUCAAGGCGCGGUAUGACGCUCGGAAGCAAAUGGCCUUUACCAUUGACCCACCAGAAAGUCAGGACCUUGAUGAUGCUUUGAGUGUAGAAUUGGUAGGAGACAACUACCAAGUUGGAAUUCACAUCUCAGAUGUAUCCUACUUCGUCUCUAAAGACACAGCGGUAGAUCAAGUGGCCAAGAGCAGGGCAACAUCCUUCUACCCCCCUUUAGACAAGCCUGUCAACAUGCUACCUGAAAGGAUCAGCAAUGGGCUGUGCAGUUUACUUCCAGAUCAAGAUAGACUUGCAAUUACCAUCUUAGCAAUGCUAGAUCAGGAUGGCUCAGUUGUGGGUGAGGUAAAGCUCAUGCGGUCCGUGGUUCGUUCUCGCAGGCGGCUGACGUACAACGAUGUCGAGAAUAUCAUCAGCAGCUCCACCAGCAACGAGGUAACGAGCCUUGGCACUGUAGAGGGAAAGAUCUACGCUCUUAGUAAUUUGGCUAAUGCCAGAAGAAAAAUUCGGCUGGGAGUUGGUCGGUUUGCUUUCUCGCAUGAUGCUGAAGAAGAUGAGGUGCAACAUCCACUGGCGCAUUCUUUGGUAGAAGAAAUGAUGCUCCUUGCCAAUCAGGCCGUGGCCAUUUAUCUUGUGAAGGUAUAUCCCGACUGCACUCCACUGAGGAAACAGCUUCCUCCAAGUACUGAAAAUGUCAACGAUUGGUUGGUCAAACACGGCAAAGACGUCACUAACAGUUUGGAUCUGCAAUCUAAGAAUUUACCAGUCGAUGGGUUAGACAACAGUCAGGGUCCAAGUGAGAUGAGAGUAUUAAAGGAAAAGUGGAACCAACUGCGAACGGCUACUGCUAGUGAUGGAGCGCACGACCAAAUUACAAGGAUCACCGACUUGAUCACCAGUGACGAAAAUCACCCACAACUGGCCGCGGCAAAAACGAAUUACUUCCGUAUCCAAGAGCGUACUAGCUAUAUCAGCACUGGAGAACAUCCAGACAGAUCUAGGAGAGGUCAUCACUCGCUGAACAUGUCAGCCUACACUCACUUCACCUCACCGAUUCGUAGGUACUUUGACCUCGUCGUACAUCGCAUGCUGAUUGCUGCAAUAAAUGACGAGAAGGCUCGAGGUACUCUUCAUCAGUCGGAGAGACCGUACACCGAUGUCGAAAUUGGGGCAGUAGCUCAUCACUGUAACUACCAACACUCCAAUUCCCGUGCAUUUGAAAGGAAGGCCCUUGCCUUGCAACAUGCACUGAGGCUCAGGGAAGGCCCUCGGUCGUUUGCGGCUUUCGUGAGUGAGAUUUCUGACUCUAAUUUGGAUCUGUUGUAUCCCUACAAAGGAUUCCUUCCGUCAAGGUCCCCACUCAAUCUUCUAAAACCGAUCAGCAGGCCGGAAAUCAGCGAAGACAACAUGAGAAUGGAGCUGCAGUGGAAGGAACGAGUCUAUGAGUUGCACAGUCCGGGUACAAUGGCGAGGCAAAUUGCUGUUUCAUCUCAUUCACGGGAAACUGUAUGCACACUGUACACUGAGACAGCUGUGGUAAGGGUUUCAACCGAAGAUUGGCAGGAAAUCCUGAACGGGGUUCAAGCCCAAAACAUGUACAUGAUCAGUAAGGCCGUGAAUGAUGCUGACAGCAUCCAACAACCUACCAGAGAACAAAAGAAACAAGAGAGGAGACGGAGACGAAAACACAACAUCAUCGAGGAAGUAACCUGCGAAACGUCAGACGCACAGAGGCCCUUACCCUUCGUCAACUUCAAGCGUAACUUUGAACGAGGUGACGUGGUGCAGGUUCAGCUGAAUGCUACCAUUCAAAUGGGAGUUUUGAUGCCCAGCCUUCAGCUGUUUUGCCUCACGCCAAAUCUGAAUCUGUGCACCGAACACCGUGCGAAUGCCAUAGAAUGCUUCUCUCGGGUAGCGACACACCGUCCUCCUGCCAGGAUAAAGAGCAUUUCUAAAUAUCAGGCAGUGUGGUUACCAAUUCUAAACAUGAUCUCAGCCUACGAUGCUGUUCUUAGUGAUGAGGCGAGUGUACUUCAUGGCGUAGACAUAAAGUGGAAAUGCUCCCAGGAACAUGACGAUCAGCCAGUGAAGUUCAGUGGGACAUUCGAACUUAUGAAAAUGGUCUGUCACCACCGCAAUGUAAGACUACGCACCGGGGAUUAUCUGUGCAUCCGCUACAGGGAUGUACCCCUGGAUCCCAAGACGAAGCACAGCAUCCUGGAGCUUGGCAGCACAUCUACUUCCAGUUCAUCAUUCACAGCAGACACAGAUAAAACCACCUUCGUUGCCCACGUUGUCAUUUCUGAAAUUGAGGACAUCAAGAUCUGGACUGACGACUGGAAGCUGAUCGUCCAAGUUUUGAUGAAUCAACGAUCGGCACCAUUUCCAGACGUCUUGCUUGGGUCUAAGAAGAUCCCCGCAGGCACCAUCGAGAUAAUACCGAAGUCCAGUUCAGAUAGACGUCUUGAAUCUGCAAUGAAGAAUUUGGAUACAGCAGAAAAAUUGACCAAGGACAUAUGUCUUCAUAAGACACCGAAGGUUGACGACAUAGAUAUCGUGAUGAAGAGGCUGUUGGAGCUUGGUGGACAGAUCAGGUCGUUUGAAAUCCGAGGUUCGCCAUUCCCCGUUCCGAAUGGACCUCAACAAGCUGCACUGAGACUCGCUCUACAGCAGCAAUUCACCAUUAUCCAAGGCCCACCAGGCACGGGCAAGACAAUAACUGGUGCCCAUCUGACCUUUUUCUUCACGGAAGUGAACAAGCAGCUACCUAAUUCGGGCAGGGGACCACCGCAAGUCCUCUACUGUGGACCAUCCAACAAAUCCGUCGAUGUUGUUGCCCACUAUAUCCUAAGACUUGGGAUACCGGCCGUCCGAGUGUACAACCACUUGGUGGAACAGCAGGACUUUCCAGUUUCCGGACACACUUACGGAUCCAGUAAGAUUGGGAAUGCUCAAGAAGCCAAGAUGGACCCUGAUCUGCGGCACAUCUCAUUGCAUCAUCUCAUCAGGCAGAAAUCAAACUCGUACAGCCCAAUCAUCCGAAACUAUGACCGGAUAUUCCAGACACCGCACUACAAGAUCAGUUUCUCUGAACUGCUGCAGUACAGAAGGACAGUUCAAGCGGCCGAGGAAGAAGAGUUGAAAAACUGCAAAGUGGUUCUUUGCACAUGCAACGAGGGUGGCAGCGGACGCAUUCAAAAAUGUGUGAAUGUGAUCCAGUGCAUAAUUGACGAGGCUGGGAUGUGCAACGAACCAGAAACCCUGAUACCACUGGUGGGUACCGUCAAGAAGGUAGAGCAACCCAGCGCCGUCCUCAAGAAAGUAAGGCAUUCCCCACGACAGGUUGUUCUGAUUGGGGACCACAAACAACUGAGACCCAUCAUCCAGGAAAGGACUGCUGUUGAGCUCGGUAUGGAGAUAUCACUGCUAGAGAAAUACGAAGAGGAAGCCACUAUGCUGACCAUUCAGUAUCGCAUGCACGAGUCCAUCUGUGCGUUCCCCUCCGAGACUUUUUACAGUGGUAAGCUGAAAACAGCCGAGACUGUGAAGAAAAGAGAGCCACGUCUUGGGAUGAUAUGGCCGGGUGGCCAGAAUCACCCGCUGGUCUUCUGCCAUCACGUCGGGGUUGAAGAGGUCCAGAGUGUACGGACUGGGGAAGGCAAUGAACAGUCUCGGGCAAAUCCCAAGGAGGUCCAGCAUGUGAUCCGCAUAGCGUCAGUAAUGGUGAAUCGUCUGGGUGUCAAACAAGACAGGCUGGUUGUCUUGACCCAAUACCGCCUUCAGAGGGCGCUGAUCGAGAAGGAGCUGGCAGACACCGGCCUGGGAAACAUUGCAGUCAGCACAGUCAUCACAAGUCAAGGUAGAGAAUGGGAUUACGUGAUCUUGUCCACCGUCAGAUCACUGCCGAAGGUGGAGAUUGAUGAGAAACCAUCAGCUUCAUGGAAGAAACGCAACCUGGGCUUCAUCUGUGACGAGAAUCAAACCAAUGUCGCCCUCACGCGGUCCCGAAUGGGUUUGAUUAUACUUGGAAACGAAUUUCUCCUGACCGUUGACAAAACAUGGGAGAAGCUGCUGACCCAUUACCACCACAAGGAAGCUGUGGUUUAUGCCGAGAACUUCCUAAAACAUUACUAGUAAAGACUGUGACAGCACUUUCUUGCUAGUUGAUCGAGAAGUAUAAGAUGAAUCUAAAAGUGUGGCUAGACGUCAAGUGAAUCCAUCUUAGUGGGCAAGGUUAGAGCUGAGGUAGCCCAUUAUUAAAUGAACUGAAAUAUAAUCUCAGUUAUAGUAUUGUGUAAAUUGAAAUCAAUUCAAUACAACUCGCUAAUUGACGAGUUGUGAUUAUUCAGUUGUAGUUAUUAAUGAUAUCUGUUUUAUGCUAAUUCCUUAAUAAUAUGCAUCAAUGCUUUCCAUAAUUAACAGUCUCUUGUGUUAUUAAAUAAACAUCAAAUAAAACAGAUGUAAUAUAUUGAUCUCAAAAAUAGGCCUGCUAAACUAAAGGUCAAUCGAAUGAAAUUGUCAUUGUUUCAAGAAAGUGUGAACAAGGCACAUUUACUACGUUUUCUAUUACAAAGUCGUACAAAUAUUUGUAUUACUAUUACAUCAUGUGUACAAAUUAAUUAAUACUAUCAAAAUAAUAUAUAUAUACUUCAGGUGAUGGUAUUGUAUCCAUUGUCGGUUUCAUUGUUUGUUUCAGUUACAAGAUUACACCAUCUCUAUCCAAGAACAGGGGUGGUAUAGGCCUAUGCAAUUUUGUUAAGGCCGGGACUAAACUUUACUACUCAUAUCUCCGGACAUCGUGAUAAUCACAUUUCAAACAAAAGUUUGUUGGAAAAUUAAAAUCCUGUUGGAAAAUUUGUUGCUGCAGUAAAACCUCAAUAUAUUUUUGCUGAGAAUCAAAGAACAUUUUUUUGCUUAAAUCAAAGAACUAUUUGAUUUAAAAUGAUACCAUGCAUUCCAGAUGACAGUUUUGUAACUUUGAUGUAUAUUUUCACGUAUUACUCUCACGUAUUAUUCACGGAAGUAUAUAACGUAUUUAGAAAUGAAAUACAUGUAUUACGAAUAGUAGAAGGAAAAAAAUAUAAACCUUAUUCUUUAGAGCUUAAUAUACGAAACUGCUAUAUCAACCUUGAGUGACAGAAUUAUCACAGUUAGAUUUACUAAAAUAUUUUAUUGCCAAAACAAUGAGUUAUUUGGAGGAGUUUUUGUGCAGGCACAAAUAUUAAGAACAAUGGAAAAGAACUGCCCUAAAAGAUGAAUUUUUAAUGGUCUGUUCAUCUAAAGUUACGACUGUGCUCACAUUUCUAAACGUUUGCCAUAUAAAUAUGACCCAGAAUAUACAUUGUGAAGAAAAAGGGACUGUGCUUAUUAACAGUAAAUAAGCUCAGAUGCCAUAGUAAAGAUCCGUCAUGCUCGUGCUACACAGAAUUAUUGUUAAUUUGAAGCUACAAUUUAGAGCAUGAAUGUAUAUCGACCAAACAAUAUCCGUAAUCAGAGCUUUGUUAUAAAUGCUUUAACUUGAAAUAAAAGAAACUUGUUGGCAA